GAGGAGUUGCAGUAAAUAUUCUUUUCCCAAUUAAAUAGAAGGUCUAAAAUUCAUAUAUUUAUAUAAAUACAUGUAUGUUUAGUUGGGCACAAUCAUUCUCAUAGUCGGCAGUGAAGCUGAGAAAACGUAGUUUGCUUCUGCUUCAAAGUCAGAUUCCGUUUGUGAGAGAACAAAUUGAAGAACGCGUAGUUGCUCUGUGACAUUCUCUCAAAGGGAAAUGGUUGAAUUUGGGAAGAAGUUGAAGGAAAGACAAAUUGAAGAAUGGAGAGGAUAUUACAUCAACUACAAAUUAAUGAAGAAAAAAGUAAAGCAGUACGCAAAUCAAAUUGAAGCCGGGGCACUGGAACGGCGCCAUGUUCUCAAGGAUUUCUCCAGAAUGCUGGAUAAUCAGAUAGAAAAAAUUGUUCUCUUUAUGCUGGAACAACAAGGCCUACUCGCUAGCAGGAUUGCCCAGCUGAAUGAACAACAAGAGGCUCUUCUAGAACAACCUGACAUAUCAAAAAUAUCUGAGCUACGAGAAGCUUACAGGGAAGUUGGAAAGGAUCUCCUAAAGCUCCUUCUUUUUGUUGAAAUGAAUGCCAUUGGUCUGAGGAAGAUCCUUAAGAAGUUUGAUAAGCGAUUUGGUUACAAAUUCACAGACUACUACGUCAAAACUCGUGCUAAUCAUCCUUAUUCCCAGCUUCAGCAAGUAUUCAAGCAUGUGGGUUUGGGUGCCGUGGUUGGAGCUAUAUCUCGCAAUCUUGCUGAUCUUCAGGACCGCCAGGGAAGCUACUUAUCGAUUUAUGAUCAGCCUGCACUCCCACUCCAGGAGCCUGUUGUUGACUCACUACAAUCAGCUGUUGACAGAUUAACCCAUUCAACAAAUUUCCUUGAGUUUUUGGGCCAACAUGCACUUAUCAUGCAUGACGAGUUGCCUUCUGUUGUAGAAGAGCAUAUUGACAAUCAGAGAUACCAUUUCAUGUCACUAAUUCUGAACUUGGCAAACACCUUUCUUUAUAUGGUCAACACAUAUAUUAUUGUUCCCACCGCAGAUGACUACUCUACGAGCCUUGGUGCAGCUCCAACAGUCUGUGGUAUCGUAAUUGGGGCAAUGGCAGUUGCACAGAUAUUUUCUUCUGUGUACUUCAGUGCUUGGUCUAACAAGUCAUACUUCAGACCUUUGGUCUUUAGCAGCAUAGUUCUCCUUAUUGGAAACGCUAUGUAUGCAUUGGCUUAUGACUCCAAGUCAUUAACGCUACUUUUGCUUGGUCGUGUAUUUUGCGGUUUGGGUUCUGCAAGAGCAGUUAAUCGGCGUUAUAUUAGUGAUUGUGUGCCACUUAAAAUCCGGAUGCAGGCUUCUGCUGGUUUUGUUAGUGCAAGUGCUUUGGGAAUGGCAUGCGGCCCUGCAUUUGCAGGGCUACUUCAAACUAAUUUCAGGAUCUUCAAUAUCACAUUUAAUCAAGUCACUCUACCUGGCUGGGUAAUGACUAUCGCGUGGGCGUGCUAUUUAGUAUUGUUGUGGAUCUCAUUCGUAGAACCUGCUUGUGAGGUUGAAGUCGACGAUGCCCCAGAGAAAUCUAGUGCUGCACAAAAUGAUAAGCUAGAGAAGGGACUUGCACAACCAUUACUUAUGUCAACAGAACAUGAGCAAGAUGAUGAUGGGGAUCAAGAAUGUGAUGCUAGUGAAGAGGCUCCAGAGGAAUCACGUGAACCAGCCAACUCGCUAGCAGCAGCCUAUAGGCUACUCACACCAUCUGUAAAGGUUCAGUUGUUGAUAUACUUCAUGCUCAAAUACGCAAUGGAGAUCCUCCUUUCAGAAUCAAGUGUAAUCUCAUCAUACUAUUUUGGUUGGACAACUAGCGAAGUGUCUAUCUUUCUUGCCAGCCUUGGCCUUACGGUUCUUCCUAUAAACAUUGUUGUUGGAAGUUACAUAAGCAAUAUGUAUGAGGACAGGCAAAUAUUACUGGCAUCUGAAAUUGUGGUCUUUCUGGGUAUACUUUUUAGUUUCCAGUUUAUUGUCCCAUAUUCCGUGCCACAAUAUGUCUGUUCAGGGCUCAUCAUGUUUGUAGCUGCUGAAGUACUGGAAGGCGUCAAUCUGUCGCUGCUCUCCAGAGUAAUGUCGUCCAGGCUUUCUCGUGGAACAUACAAUGGUGGACUUCUGUCGACAGAAGCUGGGACGUUUGCUCGUGUGAUUGCAGAUGCAACAAUCACCAUAGGUGGUUAUUUCGGGGAGAGUAACCUCUUAAAUCUCACCCUCAUUCCCUCUCUGGUGAUUUGCAUAGGUUCCAUUGUAGCUACAUGCUGUACCUACAAUUCUCUUUACUAAACUCAUUUUGGGUAUCGUAACCAUGCCUUCGAGUUGAGGUCUAGUUCAUUCAUUUUUUAUUGGUUAUGGUGUGUAUAUCCAAAUUUUUGGAUCUUUGAUUGCUUAAAUAAAUGUGUAUAUUAUGAGGAAA